AUGGCGUCUUCACGCAUCAUCCACAAAUCGAUUUCACUCCACAUCCAGCCGGGAGACAGCGAAACCCCCGAGAGCGAGGCGCAGUGCAGGCCUGCAGCUCCCAGCAGGCGCAUGGCCGUUGUUCAACGAGGCAAGGACGGCAAAUGGGUGCUGCUCUUGCAGGGCGGCGGCCAGCCGGAGGUAUUCUUGCUUCCCACCAAGGAGGAUGCCUCCCUCAUAGGCACCGCGCUGCAAACCAAGCAGGCAAUAGAUGGUGCGCAGCAGGAGGGCGCAGACGGUCAAACCAGCUUGGCCGAGGCAGUGGCCGGGCUGGACCUGUGUUGCCCCAGCGCGCUGCCCCUAGCAGCCGCCGCGAUGCGCAGCCUGAGCUAUGGCCAGGUGGCCAGGCAGCUGGGCGAGUGCGCCGCGCUGGUGGCGCCUGGAGCGGCGGCGGAGGAAUGCGACAGCCAGGGGAGCGAGGAGGAGGAGGAGGAGGAGUCAGAUCCCGCCUGGGUGGGGCCCGAGCGCACCUUGUUCCACGCGGCAGCGGCGCUGGGCCACACAGCCGCUCUCCAGCUGCUGCUGGCGGCGGCAGCGCCCGGCCAAGCCGUCGCCAAGAGGGACGCCAUUCUGCGCGCCCCGCUGCACGCGGCCGCAGAGUAUGGCCGGACCGGCGUGAUAGAGCUGAUACUUGCGGCGGCGCCCGACCCGCGUGAUCUAUGUGCGAUGGGAGACCAGCGGCAGUGGACGCCGCUGCAUUAUGCCGCCGAGCGAGGCCACGCAGCCGCAGCGCGGCUGCUGGCGGCGGCGGCGCCCGAGACCGCGGCGGCGCGGGAUGAGGUGCAGUGGGUGGCGCUGCACCAUGCCGCCGACGGCGGGCACGCGGAGGUGGUGGAGGCGCUGCUCGCGGCGGCCCCUGCCUCUGCCUCUUCCCAAGACCGCUACAGCUUCACCCCGCUCCACGCCGCCGCGCGCAAUGGCAGCACCGCAGUGGUGCGGCUGCUGCUGGCGGCCGCGCCAGCCGCCGCGCUCGUGGUUGCCAGCUACGCCGGCACGCCGCUGCACCAGGCUGCGGCGCACGGAAACACGCACGCCGCACGGCUGCUGCUGGCGGCGGCGCCGGCGGCAGCAUCCCGCGUCACGGGCUUUUGCGGGGCGCCGAUGCAUGCUGCCGCCAAGGGCGGGCACGCCGACGUGGCGCAGCUGCUGCUGGCGGCCGCCCCAGGCACGGCCACCGCCGCAAACCUGGACGGACAGAUUCCACUGUUCAUGGCCGCCGCUGGCGGCCACCCGGCCGUCGCGCGGCUCCUGCUGGCCGCCGCCCCCGGCACCGCGGCGGCGGCGCAGGCCAACGGCCGCACCCCGCUGUUCCUGGCGGCCCGCGGCGGCCACGCCGACUUGCUGCGCCUGCUGCUGGCCGACUGCCCGGGCCCCGAGCUGCCAUCCGUGGUGGACCGGCACCAGUACACCGCCCUGCACUGCGCGGCGUGGAUGGGCCACACGGCGGCGGCGCGGCUGCUGCUGCAGGCCGCGCCCGAAGCUGUCACAGCGGCAGACGCCUAUGGCCGCACGCCGGUGCACCAGGCAGCGCACGGCGGCCACCUGGAGGUGCUGGAGUUGCUGCUGGCGGCGGCGCCGCCCUCUGCAGCAUCGGCCACCGACAGGGAUGGGCGCACCCCGCUGGCCCUGGCUCUGUAUUACCGGCAGGCGGCCACCGCCCGCCGCCUCUUCUCUGCCGUACCUGCAGCGGCGGCGCUGGCCGCCGUCGCCGCCGCCGCCGCGGGCAGCCCCGGGGAGCGGCGGCUGUUUGCGGACGCUGUGGCCGCCCACCUGCCGCUGACCGCGGAAGGGUGGGCGCUGGUGCCGACGCCCUGCCCCGGGCUGGGCCGCUUGCUGCCCGCAGCGCUGGCGCACUCGGCCCACCAGGCGCGGCAGGUGGUGCUGCGCCUGCCGCCGGCAGACGCACAGCGCCUGCGCAGCGCGGCGCGGUGCCUGGCGCGGGCGCAGCACGAGGCGGGCGUCGAGCUGCCGCCAGACGUCGUGCAGAGCCUGCUGGCGCUCAGCCUGUGA